UGCGCUCUGCGCGCGCUGCCGCGCGGCGCAGGGCGGCGCGUGGCGGAGGCGCGCAAGGCGGUGGCGCAGGGGGCGGCGGCGGCCGGUGGAGCGGGAGGGGGAGGGGCGAGGCCGUGCCAGGGCAGCCUGCUCCUGCGCAAGAGGACGGAGCGCGCCGCCCGCCUCACGUGGCGCGCCGCCGCCCGCGGACGCCACCCGGCGCGCCUUCCGCUCCGCACGCUUCUUCGAUAUGGCAUGAAGGAGUGUGUAAUCAAUGUUACUUCAGAAAAUUCUCCACGUUUCAAAUUCCUUGCUUGGGAGUUUUACAGCCCAAAGCUGAGUGCUGAGAAUGUGGAUGGCAUACCUGUGGGAGAUGGAGCCAUGCUAAUUCUGGAUGCUGAGAGCAAAGCAGGAGUGGUGGAAGUGGCUCGUGCCUUCUUGGCCAGCCCUGGGGUGCAGCCUUCCUUGGUCCCUGAGGGCUGGGUAGAAAAUCAUUUUCGUUGGUUGGUUUGGAAAUUGGCUACUACUGAAAGAAGCUUUCCGCAGCUCUUUGCUGGCAGAUGUUUGACACCAAAUGUGUUGCUGCUUCAGUUAAAGUAUCGAUAUGAUCGAGAGUUGGACUGUUGUGAACGACCUGCUCUACGACGAAUAUUAGAGAAAGAUGAUGCACCAGGCAAGCGUCUUAUCCUGUGCAUUGCAGCUGUUUUACCAGUGCAAGCUGGGACCCAAAAUAAAAAUGAGUCGGAUUCACCAGCCACAGUUGCAUCUGUUGAUGAACGAUUCAGUUCCGAUUGUGAGCUGCUUCUGACAGAUGGUUGGUACAGUGUGACUGGGGCAGUGGAUCGUGAAAUGUGUCGUUUGGUGCAUAGUGGUCAGGUAGCUGUUGGUACCAAACUUAUAACUCACGGAGCUGAACUAGUCAAUUGUGAUGAAGGUUGUUCACCUUUAGAAGCACCAUCAGCAGUGAGACUAAAAUUGCACACUAACUCAACUCGAAGAGCAUGCUGGGAUGCAAGAUUAGGCUUCCAAAAUUGUACAGGUCCCUUUCCUGUUCAGUUGAAUUCAGUUUUACCAAAUGGAGGUUUGGUUGGUUGUGUGCGAGUGCUGAUUUCACGUGUGUAUCCUGUUAUGUAUUUAGAGAAGCUUUCAAAUGGCAAGUCUGUUGCUCGGACAGAACGUGCUGAGAUGCGAGUGGCAGCUCAUUUUGAACAACAACGUCAAUUAAAAUUGGAACAGCUGUACAGUCAGGAAAGAGCCAAGUUUUCUCAAGAGCGACGUGGUAAGCGGCGUGUAAGCGUUCGUGAGCUUGCACAAAUAACAUCUGGUCAUGAGUUAUGUGAACUAUUGGAUAGUGAUCCAGAUCCUUCUAGCCUUCAGUCCCUUUUAACAGAGGAACAACAGAAUGCUGUGAGGGAAUUCCAACAAGGAUAUAGAGAUCAACUAACCAGAGAACUUCAAUCCAGAAUACAACAACAACUGGGUGAAGAGAAAUCAACAUCUCGUAAUGUGGUGUGUGUUUUGAAGAUUCGAUGUCUGGAUGUGAAAACGAGGGACAGUUCCAAAACAGCUCUUCUUUCUGUGUGGAGGCCGUCAGAAGAGGCGGUGAAUCUUCUAAAGGAAGGAUGCAUGGUUAAACUGUUCAGUGUGACUGCCCAUGGUAACAGAAUGGGAAGCUUGCAGCUAUCAACUGGGAGACAAACAAGAUAUUGCCCUGUACCCUUACCAAGGCUGGUUCCAUACUUUCAAAGGCGUGUUUCCAGUUUUGAUGAAAUCUUAUCACCAAACUUUCAACCGCCUUUCAAUGAGAUGGAUACAGUGGGGCUUAUAGUUCAUGUUGGUUCAGGUCCUCAGUCUUCUCAUUUUGAGACCAUGUACUUAGCUGAUGCUGAUAUGAGAAUCAUUGGAGUGUCUUUUUGGGGUGGUAUGAAGGAAUUUGGUUGGGAAGACCUUUUGCGACCCAAUUCCUUUGUAGCAGCUUCUAACCUGCAGUGGCGGCAAAACUCAAUCACCCAAAGAGUAAUAUGUACUUAUGCAUCAGAAUUUUCAACUUUCACAAAAAGCCCAAAGCAGAUUCUUCUGAAAGAAGCACUUGAUGAUCUCAAGUACAACAUCCAAAUGGAUCUAAAACAAUUUUCAUCAGCAUGUAAAGAAUUAAUUUUCUCUCAUAUAAAUGGAAAACUCACUGGUGAAUCUUCUAGUUACCAAAAGGAAAAACAAGUGACACCUCUGUCUGCAAGGUCUCAUUCAGCUCUGUCCGAAGUACCCGAAGAAGAUGUGAAAGAAACUCCUGUUCGUAAGAAGUUGCGUAAAUUGGAGCAGUAUGCAGAUCCUCCUCCGAUUUCACCUCUAUUUCUUCCUUCACCUGGGCUUUCAUUGAAGAAACAAUUCCACAUUCCUUCAAAAAACCCUCCUUGUGCUUCUUCUAAUAUUCUGUGUAAGCCUGUUGUGGAAAGUGUUGAAAAUGAUGAGAGUCCUCCAUUGAGCCUUGAUGAACCUGGAUGAAUUACAACUCCAACAAAAAACUGUGAUAUUUCUGUGCUAUUUUUGUUAUUUGUUGUUGUUGUUGAUACAAAUGUAUAGAAUUAUGUGAUACUGUGAUUCAUUAGUGUAAUUCUAAGACUGCAACCUCACCUAAUUUUUCAUGUAUAUAAGCAUGUAAAUUGUAAAGAAAUCUCAGGGAGAGUGGCAGGGAUUUUACUAAAAUAAUGUUAUAAGUAGAUAGUUGCCUAAAUAUAAUGCCAUUUGUAAUUAUGUAAGUAUGUAUGAUAAUGUAUAUUAUCUGUAUGAGAGCGUUGUUAAAUUCAUGGUGCCAAAC